CUCCUUGCCUUUAAGAACGAGGCUGCCCUUCCUAUCCUCUUCGCUCUUAUCAGGGAAAAGAUCCCCAAUUCCCAAUCUUCUCCCUCGUUUCCCCUUUCCCCUGAAACCCUAGCUGGUUCGGUAUCUCUCUCUCUUGGUCGAUCUAUCCUCCCGGCGGGAUUGUUCCCUCCGACCUACACCUUUCGUCCGGCGCGUUGGGUAUCGAACCUAGGAGGCGCGUGGCGUUCACGCUCAAUGUGAUCCAUGUGUUCUUGGUCACCUGAAUUGGGAGACCUCCGCCGCCGGGGCUGUCCCGGGACUCUACCGGACUCAUGGCGUCAGCUCUGCUAGCUAAUCGGAACGAACCGAACUGGAUUCAGCCACAGCCGGCCGGCGGUGCGAAGCCUAUGGGCAAAUAUCCUUUCUCUAAUUCUAACAACCCUAACCCUAAAUUCUCAAAGAAGCGGCACCUUCAGGCUCUACCCUUGGCAGAUCUAGAUGAAUCUCCGGCGUUCGCGCAGUCUGCUGCUUCUGACGACGCUUCUUCGAUAAAUCGGAGACCUGUUGAUUUGAACACAGGGGGAUACGUUACUUUCAACAUCUCUUCCUAUACGAAGAAGGAGCUGGUGGAGCUGAAGGAUCGAUUGGUGGGUGAGCUGGAGCAGAUUCGUCAAUUUAAGAGCCGGAUCGACCUGUCGACUGACUAUCAGAUCAGAUCCAGCUCAAAUUUCCACAACAAGAAACUAGUUGGUGGCCCAAACAACAAGAAGAUAUUGGGAAACAAGAGGCCUUUCUCUGCUACCAAUUCGAGUUUUGGGGUUCAAGAUUUCAAGAGAUCGCAACACCCAGAUAACUCGCAAUUGAUGAAGAAUUGCAGCCAGAUCCUGUCCAAAUUGAUGAAGCACAAGUUCGGACACAUCUUUAAUGUUCCGGUGGACGUUGUUGGAAUGCAGCUUCACGAUUACCUCGACAUAAUAAAAGUUCCCAUGGAUCUGGGUACGGUGAGAAAGAAGUUGAGGAAAAACCUCUAUGACUCGCCAACGGAUUUUGCUGCAGAUGUGAGACUGACCUUCAACAAUGCGAUGAGGUACAAUCCUAAAGGUCACGAUGUACAUAAUAUUGCUGGUCAGUUACUUGACAGAUUUGAAGAGUUGUUCAGACCCAUCAAGGACUCGCUUGUUGAUGAAGAGAUCCAGGAAGAGGAAGAGCACGUGCAAGAAGUACAAGCUAGUUCAUGGGAUCACAACCACCGGGGAUUGGUGGAGACGCAAAGAGUAUCGAAAGACCAAGGGGUUGUGAUGCAAGAGAUGGUCAAGUCCGAGCAUAUUGGGAACUUUGUGGCUCCUCAAGCUUCUAGUUUGAGCCAAAACCCUAACCCUCAGUCGACUUCACAGUUGCCUGUCAGGACUCCAUCACCACGGCGGGUUCCACCAGUGAAGCCUGUAAAGCUUCCGAAGCCAAAGGCGAAAGACCCUAAUAAGAGGGCGAUGAACCUGGAAGAGAAACAUAAAUUGGGCGUAGGAUUGCAGAAUUUGCCUCAGGAGAAGAUGGAGCAAGUUGUUCAAAUAAUAAAGAGGAGAAAUGGCCAUUUGAGGCAAGAUGGGGAUGAGAUUGAGCUUGACAUUGAAGCAGUUGAUACAGAGACUCUGUGGGAGCUUGAUCGAUUUGUCACCAAUUACAAGAAAAUGGCGAGCAAGCAGAGGCGUCAAGCAUUAAUGGGUGUCAAUAUUGGGGCUCCUGCAACGAGUGAAGGCAACAAGGAUUUGCCUGGUAUUGAGAGAAUGGACAUUGUAAAUGAGGUGAAGAAGCCAAAGAAAGGCGAUGCCGGCGAGGAAGAUGUGGAUAUAGGGGAUGAAAUGCCAAUGAGCAGCUUUCCCCCGGUGGAGAUUGAGAAGGACAAUGGGCGUGCAAGUAGCAGUUCUGGUAGCUCCAGUAGUUCCAGCGACGAUUCUUCUUCCUCCAGUGAUUCCGACUCGGGGAGCUCUUCCGGGAGUGAUUCAGAGGAUGCACACUCAUAGUGGCACUAACCCUAUGUGGAUGAGAAUUCGGGAUCACAGGCCCCUCGAGGCAGGGGUGCGGGGUGUGGAAGAUCCUGGAGCUGCCGCCUUGCACAUUGAUGAAGGAAAGAAGCGAGGUAUGAUAACUGCAGGUCCUCCUGAUGAUGAUGAUGUAUUGGUCGGCAUUAGAGACGAUAACUCGAUAAGGUGUAGUAAUUUGAUGAGAACGGAAUGGUGUGUAUUGUAACAGGUUUGUAGGAGGGGUGAGUGGAACAAAUUUAAGCUGGGCACGCUAAAGGAAGGUGGAUCAAUACUUGUGUGUAUGAAGGGAGGUCGAGCUGCUAGCAAAAGGGAAACGGAGGCGGAAGCUAAAAAGUAGCAGUGGCUGGCUGGUUUAAGUUAAAGGGUAGGAAGAAUAGAGUGAGAAGCUUCUGUUUCUGUGUUUUUUGUCCCCUCCUUUUUCUUGUAGUUGGUAGAGUAGGGAGAAAUAGUAGUGGUGGUGAUGAUUGGGUGUUUGGCUAGAGCGUGGGAGAUAGGGGACUGACGUAGGCUCAGAAUUACGGUUUGUACACGUUACUGCAACACUUGGAAUACAAAUUAACCCGCAGUUAGCUUGUUGCAACAGAGUGCCUGUUGAUUAUCCAUUUUGGUUGUGUUGAAGGGUAUAAAAAGAUUAACGGAGGGAGAGCGGCAGUGCUAUCGCUAUGCGAUGUUAAUGAUUUAUGCUAGUUUUGUAGCCAAGGAAUCAGAUUGCAUUUCUCAGUCAGCCAGCUUGUCGCUCUUUUUUUUUUUUUUUGCCUUUGGGACGAAUCUUGAAUGCUCUUCCGCUGCUGGCUGCUGCUUCUUCUUCCACUUCAUCCCUCUAUUUCUUUUAUACAUUACAUAUUCUUCCCCAUUUCCUCCUAUGAAUGAUAGUUUACUUACUUGGUGGCAAUUGAGAAUAAUAUCUUCCAACGACU